AUCCCCGACCAAAACCAAUCGAACAGACUCGAGGUAGCGGCGAUGGAGAUGGAGAGCCUCAUUGCCAUGGUGGCCUUCAGCGAGGCACCGUUCGACCGCACCUCGGCUGCGUCGUCGCUUGCCGCCGGGAACAGCCCAUCCUCAUCCAACGUUCCCAAGGCUGCGCCGUCGAGGUUGGCGUUGCUGGCCGCCAAGUGGCCGAUGGAGAGGGUCGCGGCCAUGAUGGCCUUCUGCGAGGCGCCGUUCGACGGCGCCUGGGCUCUGUCGCCAGGUGCCGCUGUCGGAGGCCGCGCCUGCGCAACGAACGUCCCCGAGGCCCCGGCGAGGCUGGCCGCAGCCGCGAAGACGAAGAAGCGGCCGGUGGAUAGGCUCGUGGCCACGAUGGCCUUCUGCGAGGCGCCGUUCGACGGCACCUUCGAUGGCACCUCGUCGGAUGCCGCCGGUGACGUUGAAGAUACGGCGGCGUUGAGGCGGCGGCCGUGGCUGGCCGACGCCAAAGAACUGGAACGAGUGGCCAUUGCGGCCGCAGCAGCGGCUGCUGGUGAGCGAAAAGGUUGAUGGGCUCGCAUCGCAUUGGAGUGACCGAUGGAGUCAGCAAGGACCAAGGAGAUUGUUUUUUUUUCCAGUCUCUUCUUUUCCUUUUUUUAAGAUGGUCUUUAGGGAAAAACCGUAGGUGUCUUCGCUUUGCGAUUUUCAAUCUAAUUAAGACUGCUGAGUUUUGUUCAAAUCUACUACUGAAAUAACGAUUACCCG